GAGAUUGCAACCCAUAAAAAAUUCAGGUUUCAUACUCGCUAAGAAAGGAUAUUCCCCUUUGUCGGUGACACAGAGAACAUAAACAACAAAUCACGCUUUUCUGGUUUUGGCACAGGGAGGGUUAAAGCUGGAUCCGCAUAACAACAUAAUGGAAACCUCUCGUAGGAUACAUUUACAUGCAUUGUUAUUUUAAAAAAAAAUGGUGCCUCCAGGCUAAGCCGUCUCUACAAUCUGAGGCAUCUCCUCACCAGGGGUAUACCUGGCAUGGAACGUACGUUGUGGACAAGUUACAUAAACCUUUAGAUAAAGGGGGGAGCCUUGCAUUUGGUUGCAGAUUGAUUUAGAAUGGAUGACAGCGACCUGGCACUAGCCCAUUACUGACGAAAGCUGCUUACACCCCCCCCCCCCUUCCCCUGGUUGCUAUAGAGAUGAACAGGAGCAGCGGAGAAGCUGCCAGUGAGAAAAUCAGCAUCAGGCAUCUGUGGGGGUCUGCAGGAGGAAGGAGGCAGGAUCAGGGAGACGGAAAACAUGGAAUUGCAUUGUGAUUGUGCCGAGUCCCCGGCAGCUGAGCAGCCAUCAGGAAAGAUUAAUAAGACUGCUUUCAAAAUAUUUGGGAAGAGGAAAUCGGGCAGUGCCAUGCCCACGAUAUUUGGUGUGAAAAACAAGGGAGAUGGGAAGACCACAGGCAAAAUGGGCAUGGUACGGAGCAAGACACUGGACGGAUUAGCUGAUGCUGUGCUGGAGAACAGCAAGAAAGACGAGCAGAGUCCAUCGGAAGCUGCCGCUGCUGAUACUGUCGGCACUGACGCCAACAACCAGGCAGUCACAAUAAAGACAGAUGUGUCGCCCAGCAGCCCCGUAUCUAAAUCACACAGUUUCUUUUCUUUGCUGAAAAAGAAUGGGAAAUUAGAGAACGUGAAAGGGGAGAACGCGGAGCAGAGAGCUGGCAGCAGACAAAAGAAGGGACUCAAGGGCUUGUUUAACAGCAUACGGUGGAAUAGAAAGGACAAGAAUAACAAGGACGAUAAAGAAGGGGCUAUAGAGAAUCAGCCAGGCCUUAUUCUGUCCGGUUCUCUGACAGCGAGCUUGGAAUGCAUCAAGGAGGAAAUACAAAAACCUUUGUGCCAACCAGAAGUACCUGCAGAGACUCUCACAGUUGACUUGUCCUGCGAGGAGCAGAGUGGGGAAUUCACCACCUCCCUUGAGGACAAUCAAUUGAAAGCAACAGAAGAAUCCCCUUGUUCAUCAUCACAACAACCUGUCAAAUACCAAGAUGGGGAUUCUGAAGGUAGCCUCCAAAUGGAGCACAUUGACAAGCUGCCGGAGCCAGCGGUGGAGACCCUACAGGAAAAGAAGGAUGAGAACAUAACAGGAUGUGGUGACAUUAUUGCCGACCCGGACGAUAAUGGAGGCAGUGGUACCGGCGCAAGGCUUAUCCAUGGGAAUGGCAAAAAGGCCAUUGCCAAAAAGACCCCAAAUAUUGUUGCGUAUCAGGGAGGUGGAGAGGAGAUGGCAAGUCCAGAUCAGGUAGAUGACAAUGACAUCCAAGAUUUUUUGGGGAUGAUACCGCAAGCGGAGGAGGUGAGCAAAGAGGUUGGAAAAGUGAGUACUGUCAGGCAAUCCUCGAGGGAGGAAAAACACGUCGAGAGCACAUGUGAUAUGCCUGUACCCAAGCUAUCUCAAACCAAGCUCAAACAAGUGGCUACUAACUGUGAUGAGAAAGGGGAUGUCAAAAGUCGAGGAAAGGAUCAAAGAGAUUCUGUUCGUAAUAGUGAUGAGGGCUAUUGGGAUUCCCCCAUUCCAGGGCCAGAGGAAGAGCCCACUAAGAGUGCGGAAAAGAAAGCCCUAUCCAGAGACAGCUGCAGUGGAGAUGCGCUCUAUGACCUAUAUACAGAACCUGAGGAAAACACAGCCAGAGCGCAUGUGGAAGAGAAAAGACCCUGCCAGGCGCACACCAAACCCCUCUCUCCCGUAACCGUCACAUGCCCUGUCAAGGCACUCAAGGACUCAAAAAUACCUAUCAGCAUUAAACACCUACCAGUCCAUUCCCCCAGCCAACCAGCGGAGACUGGCAGUAACACAACUCCAUCAGCUCCACAUCAUCAACCAGUAAAAAUUGAACCUCCCAGAACAAAAAUCCCAGUCUCGAAAGUACUUGUAAGACGGGUCAGUAAUAAGGUCAUAACAGGACCGUCAGGUAGAACAGCAUUGCACGAACCCGCCAGGAAAUAACUGGACCUAUUACCAAUAACUCAAUUUGCUGUGAGCCUUUUACUGUCUUAUGGGCAAGGAGGCAACUAAAAGACUAUAUAAAAAAAUAAAAAUAAAAACUUGCCAUGCAAUCCAGGUUAAAUUUCACCCACUAUCCAAGCAAAAAACAUUUUCACACUUUUUUUUAAAAUUUUUUAUUUGUACGUUUGUGGUAAACUACUUGCCAUUCAUUUCGGAUAUAUGUUAACCCUGAAAGGUUUGUAAUGUUUAUGAUGUGUGUCCGAGGCAUCUCGAAAUAUCACCUAAAAGACCUUGGAAGAUGGUGAAGCGCCGAUAUGUCUGUAUUUUAUUCUGCUUAACCCUCAUGGAUUAUUUCAUUUCAUAGCUAAUUUUUUUCUGUAGAACAGUCAGGGAUGCAAAGUUCAGCUUCGUGGCUAGAGCUGGAUUGUUUUGCCAAAAAAAUAUUAUGAUAUCAUAAAUGAUGGUGUUUUUUUUGUAAGUCUUUAAGAAUGUAUGCAAAGGGACCUGUAGGGCCUGAUGGCAGGAGAAUUCCGCCAACGUCAUAGGUAAGUUCUAACCCAUUUAUGUCCUCCAAGGGGGGGGGGUGGUGGGGGGUUAAGAUGCUUGAGAUAUAAUGAUGACAACUGCAAUCUGGAUAUAAUAUGACCUAUAGGAUAACACCGAGGAUCUUUAACACUUAGAUGGUGUGUCCACCUUAAGACAGCCAGCUCUUUGUUAAGACGUCUCCACCCCUUGUAUUCUAUUCGAGUGGUGUUUGAGUUCAUGCUAGGUGACAUGGUAGGGGGUAGUUUUAAUGUAGUCUUUAACCCCCCCCCCCACACACACACACACAGUGUAUUGGGGGUGCACAGAACUGUCUGGGGUACCGUAUAGAGAUCAGUUCAUUUUUGGGGUUGAUUUGAUGACGGAAGUAGACAACCCCUAUAAGGGUUAGUUAUGAAGCUUCUCCAAAGGAUAGGUCUAGGCCAGUGUUUCCCAACCGGUGUGCCUCUGGCUGUUGCAAAACUACAACUCACAGCACGCCCAGACACUGGGAGUUGUAGUUUUGCAACAGCUGGAGGCACACCGGUUGGGAAACAAAGAUCUAGCCUGUCUACACAGGAGGAAUUCAGAACCAAGCACUUACCAUUAUUAACACUAGUCAUAGCCCCAUACAUAAAGGUGACUUUUCAAUUACUACAACUCCCAUUAUGCACGACAGAAAAGACUCUAGAGCCGCAGGUUAGGGGAAAACACUAUUUUUAGAGACUAUGCCAGGUCCAAUGCCUAUAGUCCUACACAGCCAUUCACUGUAUAUACACAGUCCACAGAGUUCUAUUGGAUGCUUAUUCCUUACAUAAGGGGGGAGAAGACGCAGGCCAGCACUGUACAAAAUAUAAAUCAGAUCUAUUGUUUUUUAACGCACUGUGUGAACUAUGGAGCAGCAUAUCCUUUCUACCUGUACAGCACUUGUAUGGACCAAAUUCCUUUUUUCUCUUUAUUUUCCCUGUGUAUGCUGUAAAUAGGUGUUACCCCUACGGGUGCGGAGCACGUUACUGUGUACAUACCGUGUGCCCAAAGGUGGCAUCGCCAUGCAUUAACAAAAUGGGCUUCCAAAAUAAAUAAAUAAAAAAAAUGUAAAAAAAAAAAAAGGGGUCCCACCGAACCACAGUUUUAAUAUAUGUUACUAUUUUUCUAAAUUUUGUGUCUAAUCUGCAAGUUGUGGACUAAAUGUCAUUUGCAUAUCGAUACCGGCCGGCUGUGGCGGGCUGGGGCUGUUGUACCAUAUAACCAGAUCUCCUGUACAGGCACCGUAUAUAUAUAGUAGAACAGGUGUUUCAUUAAAGAUGAUUUUUUUUUUGUUAAAAACCUCUGUAAUCGCUGAUUUAAUUCCUCAUCGGGAUUGCAUUAACAAAGGCCAACCAGACGGAGGGGGGUUAAUUCACCGUAGAGAUGGUCCUGCCCAUAAUGCAUUGCAUCAUGUUUCAUCCUUUAUCUCCCCCCCUUGCCUAACAAAAGAAGCGUGAUUUACAAAUCGUACUUAAUGCCCCCUAAAGGCCGUAAAGGGAAUUACCGGGAUGACAGGUGAUAAUGAGUACACAAUCCAGCACACUGACAUAGGUCUGAAGGGGACUGACUCUCAUUGAGGAGAGGACUUUUUUUUAAUGCAAUGCACUAUGGGUAAAAAGCAUAUGCAAAUUUAUUCUUCUCCAGG